AUUGUGCCAGCAGCUGGGAGAGCUGAGGUGAAGGCAGCACUCCGGAGUCAGAUGUGUCUUGCAGCUUUUACAGAGUAGAGGGAGAGCCCCUGGAGAAGAGCCUGUGUGCAGUGGGAGUCUCUGCAGCAACGUGUUAGCAGGAGGAUGAGAGGCGGGAAUUUGCAGCGUCGUGCCAGGCCCCAGGCACGGAAGAGGGGGAGAACCAGGCCAGCGGACGUGUGAGCGGAGCUCCCGGCUGGAAUGCACCAGCUCAGCAAGGGAUUGUCCUCGCCGGGCGGCUGCUGCGCCCGGAGCCUGGUGGCCGUGACAGCUGCCCGGACCAUGGCGGCUGCAGGGAGCCCCUCUGCUGCCCUCCGCCGCCGCGACCUCUGCAGCCGCGGCAUCCGCCUGGCCGGCAAGAUGCGCGCGGAUGUCGUCGACCUCCUGGACGCCUACGUGGAGCAGCAGGGCUUGGACGCCUCGGCCAGUGUGGCGGCAGUGGAGGGGGUGCCGCUGGCGGCGGUGGAGCGCUGGGACGAGCAGACGGGCACCCAGCGGCUGCUGGAGAACCUGGCGGCCUACCGGGCCUUCCGCGCCCUGCUGGCCCAGAUGCUGGAGGAGCAGCGGGAGCAGCUGGGCGAGGCCGACGCGGGCCUGGGCCGGGCGCUGGCGGCUGUCCUGCUCCAGGUCUCGGCCUUUGCCUACCACCUCGAGGAGCUGCUGCGGCUGGAGAGCCGCGGGAUCCCCGGCGAGGAGGGGGACGAGGAGGAGGACGGGCCGCCGCCCCCGCCGCGCCUCAGCCACUUCGAGCGGAAGCUGCGGGGCCUGGGCGUGCUGCGGGAGCUGGCCCAGUGGGCCGUGAGGUCCGUGCGGGACCUGCGGCAGCUCGCCAAGCCCAGCCCGGCCACCGGCGCAGCCCCUGGCCUGGCCGAGAGCCCCUGAAGGCAAGCACAGGGUGGGGAGUCUUGGGUGCCCCUGGGGCUCCUUGCCCACCUCUUAGAGGGCAGAUGAGAGAGAAGGAGGGGACGUGGAGGGGAGGGACCGUGCCAUUAAUCCCCAUGCUUUUAAUGCUGCUCCCUUUGGGGAAACUGAGGCACAGGCUGCAGUCUACCCUGGAGGGAGCAGGGAUCCUCAGGGGUCCUUGGGCUCUUCCUACUGGACCGUUGAAUUAUUCCCCAGGAAGCAGCUUUGCUGCUCACCCCAGGGCCUUGAGGCAUUAGCAAUGCAAUUCUCUUUGGAAUUUGGACACUGCCUAUGGCAGGCAGAUGCUGCCUUGGGGCUCUUGUGGAUGCAGGGCAGGAGCCAAGGGACAGAAAAGCAUCACCGGGUGAAAGGAGUCUUGGGACCUGCCCCCCAGCUGCAAGGCACAAGGCUUGGCCUCCUGCACAUGGAUGCUCCUUCUGCCCAGCUUAGUUGGCUGCUCAUUGAAUUUCUGCUCUAACUGCUUGGGGGCUUUUUGGGGAGGGGGGAAGCAAUCAGGAGGGGGAAUUCUUAAUUGCUUGGACAUAAUGGAGAGGAUCUUUUAACUGAAAGUGGAUAUUUUAGAUAUGAUUCGGAAGCCCUUCUGCAAGGGGAAGGGCUUAGUGCAUAGUGCCUGCAGGGCUUAUUUUAGGACUGGGAAUGGCUUGGGGAAAUCUAACAGCCCCAACCACAUCGUUCAUCCUGUGGAGUGCUGAGAUGUUUCACAGCUUCCUGGGUCACAGUUCUCCUGCCGACUGGAUGUGAUGGCUGCCGUGUGAAUAAAAGGGCUGGGAGAUCUA